UGGGGAGAAGCUUCUUUAUAGCCAAGCCUUGACCUUUCAUUGCUCAGCCAAAACACCUCCCAACCUAAGAAAUAAAUAAAUAAAUAAGAGACUUGACUUUACGUUGUUUGUUUGCAAUCCAAUCCUUCUGCUUUUUGGCUCCCUCAAUUGGGAUUAUCGUUUAAACUAUACUACUAUAAUCUAGGUGUUCUAAGAUACAAAGUGUUGUCUUUUCUUGAGUUUGGUUUAUUCUUCCUACGGCGAUUAACACAACGAUUCUUCAAUAGCAGUUUUGAGAUUGAUGAAUCCAGUAUCACUGAGAUAAAACUGGAGGUAGAUACGAGAAGUUGCACAAAGCGCAUAAAAUCCAUCUUCUAACUGUGGCAUGGACUGGACAAAGACUAUCAGUCAUGGAUAAGCAGAGUCAAAUAUCACGGUCUAGGACAUUUCGUGCAUGGUUUAAGAGGAAGGUCAAGAGAGCCGAUCAUGCCUAUUUGGGCGAAUUUUCAGAAGAGGGUGAAGAUGAAGGUCAUGACUGUAGUAUGGAUGAUGUUCACGUUAAGUCCAUGGAGAUGGAACCAUGCACUUCAACUAAUGAGUUAAGAAUUUUUGUGGGCACCUGGAAUGUUGCAGGAAGAUCUCCUGUAGGAAGCUUGGCUGUAGAUUUGGAUGAGUGGCUGAAUCUUAAGGAUGCUGCGGACUUGUAUGUUCUGGGAUUUCAAGAGAUCGUACCGUUGAAGACCAGAACAGUUAUAGGAGCAGAGGACCCAACCGAAGCAACAAACUGGAACCUGCUAAUAGGAAAAGCUCUCAAUCACAAAUACGGGUGCCCUUGGCUGACGCCAGUAGUGAAUCCAGUCUCUAGUGACCACUACCACUGUGUUAGUAUUCUCAAUUCCGAUAAGAGAGCAAGUUCUAGCAACUAUUUAGGUACCACCACAAGAGAGUGGCUGAGAACUCAAACAGAUAAACCAUUUGGAGACAGUAAAUUCAAGCUGAUGGCAAGCAAGAAGAUGGUCGGUGUGUUUAUAAGCGUGUGGAUGAGGAAGGAAUUACUGUGGAAAUACUGCAUUUCAAAUGUAAAAGUUUGCUCAGUGGCUUGUGGUAUCAUGGGGUAUUUGGGAAACAAAGGUUCAGUUUCAGUUAGUUUGUCAAUAGAAGGCACCAGUUUCUGCUUUAUUGUUGCCCACUUGGCUUCUGGUGAGAAGAGAGGUGAUGAAGGCCGAAGAAAUCACCAAGUUUCAGAAAUUUUCAAGCGAACUUCCUUCCCUAGAUCUUCAAAGGAUGAUGAUAAUCCUCAUCCUCUCACCAUCUUAGGCCAUGAUCGAAUAUUCUGGUUUGGGGAUCUGAACUAUAGGCUAUGCUUGGAAGAUAAUUUAUCCAGGCAACUGAUAAAUAAGCAAGACUGGAAAGCAUUGCAACAGUUCGAUGAGCUUCGACGAGAACAAGAUGGAGGUGUAUUUCAAGGAUGGAAAGAAGGAAGCAUUGUAUUUGCACCAACAUACAAGUAUUCUUCAUCAAAUUGCAACCGGUAUUCAGGGGGCCUUCCAAGCAAAUCAGGAGAAAAGCAAAGAACUCCAGCAUGGUGCGACAGAAUCCUAUGGUACGGAAAAGGAGUGAAACAACUCUCUUAUUUUCGAAGUGAAAGUAAGUUUUCUGAUCAUCGGCCAGUAUCUGCUCUCUUCUCUACACAGAUAGAAGUUACAAAGUCUAGCUCAAGUAAUCAUCGGCCAGUAUCUGCUCUCUUCUCUACACAGAUAGAAGUUACAAAGUCUAGCUCAAGUAAUCCAAGAGUUACUACGAUGCAGAACAUUCUUCCCAACAUAAUGGCUUCCAAGGAAACAGUGAAAAGCAACAUAGCUGAAGAGGAUAAAACUACAUUGCUAUCACUUCUCGUAAGGGAUACAGAAGCAUCGUCAACCAAUACAUAGGAACUGAUCAUAGUGAAUUUUCUUGCUUGUCUUUAUCUAGUUAUGUCAUUGUGGCAAGUGUCAAGGAAAUAAUCCUCUUCUUUUCCGUUUUAAUUCCUUUGGUUUAGGAGCUAGUAUGAUGACUUCAUGAUAUAAAUUUGAUUAACUGAUAGAUAGAUAGUUAAUAGUAUAUGCAAGUAAACUUUAAAAGAUAUAUGCUGCUUCCUAUGAGACAAUUUAUAGAAGUAAAUGUAUAUUGCAGCUUAAUAUAACUGCCAAAAUUAUCAAUGGAGAGAGUGGUGCAAUCUACACAUGUUCUCUCGUCUUCUAAUUAACUUCCAGUCUUUCCAAUUAUUAAGCCUGCUUUUAUGACUUGUUAGAUCAAUGAUUGAAUGUACAAUGUUAACAGAAAAGCUAUGAAAGUUUAACCCCUCAUGUUCCCAUUUUGGUGAUUAUUAAGUAACCUUAAGACUUUGAGAUACAUCAGGAAAAUAUAGGACACUAACAAAAAAAAUCAACUUGCCUCAUUUGCCUGAAAAAAUCGACCCAAAGCAUCGACAUUUUCAAAGUGACAACUUGGACAUGCACACUGCUUUUGCAGCUCGUCACCAAGGGAAGCACAUGUCUGUUCCAACUCAGAAGUCUUUUUGUUUCCAGUCAAAGAAAAAUAUUAAGAGUAGAUGUUAUCAUCAGUAACUAAGAAAAGAUUUUGGUUGACAGUAUCCGAACCAGGAAAUAGCCACUGCAUUCUGUAUUCUCAUCCUCAAUUUAAAACAAAGUGAGAACAAAGCUGCAACUAUGUUUGCUCUUCCUUGUUG